AUGAUUGCUUUGACUGUUAUGGUCUACAUCCAAGACCAACUUGGUUGGCUGGUGGGCUUUGCGGCUCCUGCGUUGGUACUGGUCUGUUCUGCUCUUAUGUUCAUAUUUGGGUCUUCUCUUUAUGUCAAAGUAAAAGUUAGCGAGAGUCCAUUUUCAGGGUUCAUUCAAGUUUUAGUCAUUGCUUUUAAGAAUCGUAAGAUCAUUCUUCGCCAUGAUAGCUGCUACAAUCAUAGCAAUGUAAUGGAACGAGUUGAGCUAACAGAAAAUUUAAGGUUUCUCAACAAAGCAUGUGUUGUUAACGAUUUAAACGUUGAUUCUCCCGGCUUGGACUCCUGGAGUGUCUCCACUGUGGAAAAGGUGGAAUCACUCAUCGUUUAUUCGGAUAAUACCUAUAUGGUCUUCGGGUAUUUUAGUAUUCACAUCAAUGUCACAGACCUUUCCAACCCUUCAAGCGAAAACAAUGAACCGGCAUAUCACUUCAGGUUAAUGACCAGCAUUCAACAGUUGACAUACGGUUUAGCUGAGGCGUUUAACACAAUCGGGCAGAUGGAGUUUUAUUAUUCUGAGUUCCCAAAAAGCAUGUCAAGUAUAGCUAUUGCUGUGUUCAUGGUGAGCAAUGCGUUUUCUGGACUUCUUGGAAGCCUUAUAAUUAAGGUUGUGGACUUACUUACGAGCCAAGGGGGUAGAGUAAGUUGGCUAUCAAGUGAUAUAAAUGUGGAUUACUACUAUUGGUUUCUUAGUAUCUUGAAUUUGCUCAAUUUUUUCUACUACUUAAUCUGCUGUCAUGUUUAUCGGAGUAGUUUGUCGACAAUAAGUAUGGCGUCCGAUGAGCUUGCCGAAGAAGGAUCUGAUUGUAGGCAUUGA